GUCGGCCGCGGGAUUCGCCUGCUUGGAGGCGGAAAAAGGGGGCGAAGCGCGAACUGGGACCGGGACCGGCGGGGAGAAGAGGACGAGACGAGGCGGGAGCGGCGGGAUGGGACGGGACCGGGCGGGAAGGGAAGGGGAGCGGGCGGUUCGCAGGCGCCCUGGCCCCGCCUGCCUCACCUGCGGCAGGUGAGCGGCUCGGCGGGGCCGCCCCGGCGCCGCCCAGUGAGGCUGCGGCGGCAGGAGAAGAAGCAGCAGCAGUGAGGGGGAGCGGGGGCGCCCGGCCGGGCAGGAUGAACAACCCUAUACCUUCCAACUUGAAGUCAGAAGCUAAAAAGGCAGCUAAAAUAUUACGAGAAUUUACAGAAAUAACUUCUAGAAAUGGACCAGAUAAAAUCAUACCUCCUCACGUAAUAGCUAAAGCCAGAGGCCUUGCGGUUUUGUCCGUUAUCAAAGCUGGAUUUUUGGUGACUGCUCGGGGAGGAAGUGGAAUUGUAUUAGCUCGUCUUCCUAAUGGAACCUGGUCUGCUCCUUCUGCAAUAGGAAUUGCUGGCCUUGGUGGUGGAUUUGAAAUUGGAAUUGAGGUUUCAGACUUAGUGAUAAUACUGAAUCAUGAAAGAGCAGUGGAAGCUUUUGCCAAAGGAGGGAAUCUUACACUUGGAGGAAAUCUUACUGUGGCAAUUGGACCUCUGGGGAGAAACUUAGAAGGGGAUGUUGCUCUAAGAAGCUCUGCUGCUGUCUAUACGUACUGCAAAUCUCGAGGACUGUUUGCAGGUGUAUCUCUGGAAGGAACCUGUUUAAUUGAAAGGAAAGAAACAAAUCGCAAGUUUUAUGGGCAGGAUAUUCGUGCUAGUGCCAUCCUGCUUGGUGAUGUGCCUUUUCCUGCUCAAGCAGAUGAUCUUUAUGAAACUCUAGCAUCCUUCACUGAAGUGUAUGAAAACGAAGAGCAAAAAAAUAAUCCAGGAAAAUCUGUAAGGGAACAAAGAAGGGUAAAUGACCCACCUGCUAGACCAUCAUCUAGACCACAGCCACCUAAACCCACUGUUAGACCUACGCCACCAGCUAAAAAGAAUACAAACAAACUUUAUCCUGAACUUCCCAAUGCAUCUGAGGAUAACUCUUGGAGUGAUCCAGUAGAAGUGACAGCACUUUAUUCAUUUGAAGGACAACAGCCAGGUGACUUGACUUUCAAAGCUGGAGACAAAAUCACAGUCACAACUAAAACAAAUUCCCAGUUUGAUUGGUGGGAAGGAAGAAUAGGAGGACAAACUGGCAUCUUUCCAGCCAAUUAUGUUGCCAUAAGUAACAACUAAAUUUGUACAGCAUAAAAUGUUGAGGCAGUAAUAUAUUCACACUGAAAAAUAUAUUUUAACUUUUCAGAUUUUAUUAAAAUGAGAUUCUCAACCAAGACUAUUCUAACAAAAAAAAUGAAAUGCAUUGAAUGAUCAUAACUUUCCCCUAAACUUAUUUCUUAAAUAAACAGUAAGCGAUAAUCAAUUGAUGAGAGUUUUAUUUUUGAGCAAGUUGCCAUAUAAAAAGUAAUCCAAUUUGUGUCUAGUUUUACUUCGGUCUUGCUGUGUGGAUUUAUUUUUUACAUGAGAGAAAAAACUGUAAACAACUUAGAACUAGACAUGCUGAAAAAAUGCUGAUUUUUAUUAAAAUACAAUUUAUGGUCUCUUUCUUUAAUAAAUGUGCUCAAAUUUACUUCAAACCA